GGGCGGAGAGAGCGCAGGACCGGUUUCCAGCAGGCUCCACCUCGUGCACCCCGCUGCUUCCGGCCCGCUGUGGUUCGCACUCUGAGACAUGGGGAAAGUGAGGGGGCUGCGAGCCCGAGUGCACCAGGCUGCCGUGAGACUCACGGGGCAAUCCGCACCCGGCCUCGCUCCUCCGGCCGUGGAGGCGGCCCCACCGCAGGCCCCGGCCGGCGGAGUGGGGAAGAAGGAGUGGGCUUUUGUGAACACCGACAUCUUUGCCAGGACCCAGAUAGACCCCGGCACCUUGGUGCAGAAGCUGGACCUGGACGCGAGGAGCGUCGCUUCCAUCAGGAGAGGUGCCGAGGCGAAGGUGAUUUUGCCCAAGAAGGAGAAGCUGAAGCUGAGGCGUGAGCGGUGGCUGCAGAAGAUCGAAGCCAUAAAGCUGGCGGAGCAGAAGCUCAAGGCGGAGCGGAAGAGGCGGGCCACGGUGGUGGUGGGGGACCUGCAGCCCCUUCGGGACGCCCUCCCUGAGCUGCUGGAUCUGGAAGCCGGUGCUAGGCGACCACAGACCCAAGGCCGAGCCAGCAGCAAGCCCCGGCCUGCCGAGCUGAGCCGGAUGAGCGCGGCGCAGAGGCUCCAGCUCCUGGAGGAAGAAAGGACCCGCUUCCGGGACCUGCUGGCCAAUCCCGCCUACAGAGCCAGCCCCCUGCUGGCCAUCGGGCAGCAGCUGGCCCGGCAGAUGCAGCUGGAUGGCGGCGCCCUGCUCUGACCUGGCCCGGGGCAUACCGUGAGCUCCGGGGACGAACAGGUGCCAGAGAGGGCCUACUCCUCAUCGUUGCCACCUUGAACCUGGAGGGCGGCCUCCUAGACUGUCACUUGUUAGCACUGGUGGGGCAGACCACGCCCUCACCCGCCCCUCCCAGCGGGUCAAUAAAUGCUGUGUGCGCCCAGACAGUGGGGCGGGGCUUCCUCCUGUGCCCUGGCUGUGCUGUGAGUGACACAGGUCUGUUCUUACGGACCCCAGGUUUGAAGGUCGGCCUGCAGAAACACUGACUUACACCCUUGGUCUGAGGAUGGGAGCGGGAGUGCGUGCCUUUUCCGGGUGUUCGGGAACGGGCGUGGGGUUUGUGCCAGGCGGGGACCCGCUGCCCACGGCCUGUGGGGGCGUUGGAGGAUGUGUGGCUAGAGCGGAGGAAGGGCCCCAGGGGUCCACUGCGUGAGGGACCCGGUCACUGGUUGCUGGCAUUCCCUCAGAGCCCUGGCUUGGGUGUGGGUCCCACCCUCAGGCAGCGGGAUGACUGUACUGGUGGCUGUGUCGGGUUGCACUUGGCCCCUGCCCGGCACCCACUGGGCCCCGGCGCUUGCCCUGAGCUGGCAGCCUGGGCUGAGGUGUGGGGGUGCGGCCCCUCCGUGAUUCCACGAUGACCGGGGUUUUCCAGGGCGCUGCUUCCAGGACGUCAGGAGAGCCGGCCGCCGGGCGGAGAUAGCGGGGCGCCAGCCUUCCGGGCCUCUCUCUGCUGCCGCAUUCCUGGGGCAGCUGGGCCCCUGCUCCUGGACCUGAGACAGUGGAGGGGGAACCUUCUUGAUUUCAAGUCAAACAGACUCAACUAAACUGCUUUCCUUCUGAGGAUGUUCAAAUCACACUGGUUAACAUGAGAAUUACAUGCAUAUUCCUGGUG